AUGGAGGGAGGUGGGCUGGGGUGCACUGAGCGCCUGCUGACCAGGGCGUCCCAGGGCUUCCACAGCGCCCUGGCCCCGCAUGUGCACUCAGUGACACAGCAAUUGAAUGGGGAGCUCGGCGCUCAGCAGCCCGGCCUGCAAGUGAUGCUGGCAGCCACCGACCUGGGCACCAAAGCAUCUCAGUUGCUGAGCUCGGUGCGCGAGCUUCCUAGGCCCGAGAGGCUGCAGCGCCUCCUGCUCAUCAACAGUGCUGGCACUCUUGGGGAUGUUUCCAAAGGCUUCCUGAACAUCAAUGACCUAGCUGAGGUGAACAACUACUGGGCCCUGAACCUAACCUCCAUGCUCUGCUUGACCACCGGCACCUUGAAUGCCUUCUCCAAUAGCCCUGGCCUGAGCAAGACUGUGGUUAACAUCUCAUCUCUGUGUGCCCUGCAGCCCUUCAAGGGCUGGGGACUCUACUGUGCAGGGAAGGCUGCCCGAGACAUGUUAUACCAGGUCCUGGCUGUUGAGGAACCCAGUGUGAGGGUGCUGAGCUAUGCCCCAGGUCCCCUGGACACCGACAUGCAGCAGUUGGCCCGGGAAACCUCCAUGGACCCAGAGUUGAGGAGCAGACUGCAGAAGUUGAAGUCUGAGGGGGAGCUGGUGGACUGUGGGACUUCAGCCCAGAAACUGCUGAGCUUGCUGCAAAAGGACACCUUCCAAUCUGGAGCCCACGUGGACUUCUAUGAAAUUUAAGCCCAAUC